AUGUCCAAGCUUCUCAACGGUCUGCUUAGGGAGCAACACCACCAAAACCAGCAUGGCCUCGGGCCCGGCUUCGGCCACGGUCACGGCCAUCCGCACUCCUCCGGGUUCCAUGGUCCCAACCGGGACCACAUGAUAAGCGCAAAAGCAGCGACCCUGAUUCUCCGUGGCGUUAUUGCCACCGGCCCCGACCCAUCCUCGGCUUUCCGGACUUCCUCACCCACAUCCGGUCCCAGCCCUACAUCCGGUCCCAGCCCCACAUCCCGGCCCAAUACCAGUUCGGGCCACCACCCGACCAGCUCACAGCUAUUCGCUCUUUCCUCCCAACAGCAACGUCAAGACCAGUACCGGGUCCAAACCCAAGGCCAACAACAACACGCUGUGGCCGAGUACGAGUACGACGAUGACGAUCAGUACGACGACGACGAGGCGCUCACCUCGGCUGAUAGCAGCUUCAGCAGCACCCACGGCAGCGUCGUGGUCGGCGGUGGCAGUUUUUGCAGCAGGGAUUGGUUCGAUAGUCGGCACCCUUCCGCUGCAGUCCAGGCGGCUACAGCCUCGUUUUCAUCUUCCACGACUACGAGACCGUCAUCGUCGUCGUUGUCGUUGCAGCAAAGCCCAUCUGUUUCGAGCGGUGUACCCAGAUCGAUGAUGGGUGCAGGCGCCGGAGGUGUCGGCGGCGUUGGCGGCAGGGAAAGCGUUCGCGGAGUCAUGCAGCACCCCCACCACCAACAUUCCAAGUCCGUCCCGGUUCUAAUGUCGAUGAAGGAUCAGUACAGUCGGAUGGCGAUGAUGCAGAACGCGCGCAAGGGAAGCCGAGGAUGUUUGGAUGUUGAUGAGGAAGGGGAUGUAGACGAGCGGGGAUUUACAAUGCCCAACAGCAAGAGGGCUCGUCAAAGCUGA